AUGCCCACCGCUCGGCCCCAAAUAAACAACGAACAAUGGCUGCAACAGAAGGACUUCAUUAGAUACGAGUAUCUUGUGAGAAAUACAUCUCUCACAGACCUACUUGUUCGAUUGGCAGGCCGAGGUCUUGCUACAACAAAGUCACAGCUAGAAUACCGGCUCAAGCUAUGGCAGUUUUCGAAGAAUCUUGACCAACAAAUUUGGAGAUCUGUUGCAAGAAAGAUGAAAAGGCGAAGUGACGUCGGGAAGAAGAGUGAAGUGAUAUAUAAUGGCAACCGAAUUAAGCAUUCUAGGGUAACUAAGGAAACUGCACGCCAUUGUGAGAGCUUCUACCAUGAACUCGCCCUUCGACCACGAUCUCCGAGCCCAAUCAACCCAAAGCUCGUCGUUUGCAGUCCGUUGCCUAUCAAGCAAGACACUGUUUGGCCGCCCAGCAUUCCAUGGCUUAUGCUUCGAGAUCUUCUUUGGGAUACCACAACCAGUUUUGUGAGCCCUAGUGCCGUCAGGGUCUAUCGAACUCCGGAUACAAAUGUACUUCUUUCGAUGAUGCUACAAGCUUUAAGCCAGUCUCGGACAAGCAGGCUACAUUGUUCCUUCCAGGAACUAGCAGUCAGUAUAGGUGCUUCAAUACCAGAAUGGUACCUUGGAGAACCUACGCAUACUGCCAGUAUCCUUCUAGGCAAUCAAGCAACCGAAAUCUUACCUGAAUACAUCAAGCUCAUGAUGUAUGCAUUGUCAAAUGGAACGAGAUUUCUUGACAGAAAGCAGUGGGGCAUAUUCAGUUCUAUUCUGAGAGAGAAUAUGUCAGACCUUAAGCCAAAAUUACGGCACCUUCAGAAUCACAGCAUCACUAUUAGAGCAUUCUUGGAGAAAGUCUUCCAGAUGGAGAUUUACUGGGCAACUCAGAUUGACGACCCUGCUAAUCACCAUAAGGACUAUCUCCCUGAAUGGUCUUUGGAUAUAAUUAAGAUGCUGUCAGAGUCAGGUCUAGAUCCAAAUUACUGUGUCGCAGGACAUAAUGUCAGGUUUUCUUCACCGAUUGGGCGGGCUCUCAACAUAGGCCAUAUCAACCUGACUAAAUUACUUCUCUCCUUCAACGUCCGCAUCGACCAUACCCAGGCAUGCUUCGACGUUCACCACGCCAUCCAGGCCAUUUUACGCGGACGUCUAUCCAACGCUGUUCAGUCACGGCUCCUCAAAUUGUUAAAGGAGUACAAAGCUGUUAGUCUGGAGGAAGUCCUUUGCGGAGCGCUCAAACUUGACGAUAUGGAGCUCAUCGAAGGGAUUUUGCAAGAAGACAUUAAUGUCACAAAGAUUCACAUCGAAAUGGGGCACGGUCUAAGAGAUGGACUAAUGGAUAAAGACAGCUGUUUGAGCUAUGAAUCCCCUCUUACCGCAUCCUUAGGGGGAAACUUCUAUUGGACCGAUAAAUUACUCAAUCACCAUUCAGUACAAAAUAAUCCGUCACAAGUACUCACAAGACAAGAUUUUAUUGCAGCCGCUAUCAGAGGAGAUUGUCAAAUUAUCGGUCAACUCCAAGAGUUUUCUCCCUCUGGCCUUACUUGCAAGUGGAAUGGUAUUACUUGCUUGAGGGCUGCAGUGGCGUAUAAUAACGUACCGGUAGCUCAGAUGCUCCUCGAGCGCAAUGAUUGUACAUCGCCUGAUCUGUUACUGAUAGCAGCCCAUUAUGGCUAUGAGGAUAUGGUGAGAUUACUCCUCCAGCAUGGUCUUUCACCCGACGAGAUGGUCAGCAAAGGUGAUGUGCAGUGGUUAGAGUAUUUCACUUCUUCACCGCCUAUGCCUAAGGAUUGUGGCUCAAUCCUUCAAACUCUUCUCGAAUUCCACUUCAAGUGCUGGAAUGCGUCGAAAGCAAAUUGCUUGGUUCUUUUGAUCGAGGGAGGAGCCCUAUUUCUGGGUGGUGAGAUAGCGGGGCUGGCAGAAAUUGGCUUUCAAGAGCCAUUACAAGCUGCACUUGCCAGGGGGGCUAGCCCGAACGACCGAGACGAAUAUGGCCGAACCGCAAUUCAAUGUGCCUUGUACCCCUACAGGUAUCUUCGAAUCAGCAGGUCAAGGCAUUCUAACACAAGCUGCGAAGUCAACAAACGAUACAGAAUCAUCAAGUUACUCCUAGAAGCAGGGGCUGAGCAAGCUGGUGAAAUUGUGAAUGCCAUUCGAGAAAGUGAUUAUAAUGUCACAAAGCUUCUUCUCGAACAUGGCGGUACCUUGAAGGAUAUCAACGAGAGGGGAGCCUCGUGCCUCGAGGCUCUAAUCAUGAACUCUAAUAAUAUUAGAUUCAUGGGAGCUGACAGUCAUUAUUUUCACGACCACUACCCAUUUCGCAACAGAGGAACAAUGAGAGAUGAUGAGAACGUUCGAUUUGGAGUCCAAGAUGAUCCUACUAUAGCUUGUCCAACUUGCGCAGCAAGCUUGUUUGAUAGUGACUCCGACGAACGAGACUUUCUUCAGGCACUACUUGAAGCACAAGACAGUCCUAUUGAUGCUGGGCCAAUCUGCGCCGCCAUACAAGUCGAAGACUGGAAACUACUUGAUCUGCUUCUUGCCCAACCUCACAAGGAAACAAAUUGCCACUUGCUAGAGGGCACAGCUAUUGGUCUAGCUGCUAGGGCUGGACAGAUGGAAGUCUUGGAGAAGCUUUUGAGUCGAUUUCAUCAUCCAUCCGCAAUCCAGUCCGGUUUCAUCCCAUUCCACAUCAAGGACGGUCAAUUAGUACUGCGUUCAAGCGAUGACCAAUUCCUAACAUUUAAUGAUCGUCCAUGGAUUUAUGAUACAAAUGACUUCUGGCGGAAGGACCCAGUCUUCGGAUUGCGAGGGGUAGCUAGUCCCCUGGCAUUGGCAGCGCUAGGAGCAGAUACGUCAGGUUUUGGAGAGCUUCUGGCACAUGGUUGUUGUGCAGACAAGACCACCUUUACCGUCAUAGUGCAGAAAGAAUCGGCAUCUGCAUAUCUCGACCUCUUGAGAAAACACAGUCAACAGCUUGAUACCCUAUUCCUCUCACAGCCGACCUUAUGCUCAAUAUUACUAGGCCCGAUUGCAAAUGGCAAUAUUGAGUUACUCAAACGAUUAGUGGGCGCAGGCUCUGAUGUUAACGACUAUAAUGCCACAAUAGAUUCAAGCCGAUCUCCACUACAACUUUCCGCUCAACUAGGGGACCUAGGUGCGGUGCACUACCUGAUAAAAAAACAGGCCGAUGUUAAUUCUGCGCCAUCAUUCUCAGGAGGCGGUACUGCACUGCAGUUUGCAGCAAUAGGCGGAUAUAUGGGAAUAGCGAACCUACUAAUAGACCAUGGCGCCCGUAUUAAUGCCAGGGGAUCACGGAAAAGUGGUAGAACUGCUCUGGAAGGGGCAGCAGAACACGGAAGGCUUGAUAUGCUUGAGCUAUUACUUCAGAGGGGUGCUGCCUGGUCAAAUUAUGGACAUCAACAAUUUAUCUCGGCAGUGCGGGUUGCUUUAGAGAAUGCGCAUUAUGCUUCAGUUGAUUGGUUAAAGAAUCGUUAUGGUUGGACAGAAGAGGAUGAGGACUUUCUGGAAAAUGGCAUGGAUUGUUGGCAAUAUUGGGACUAUCGCUGUAAGAAUUGCCGAGGUUUCUGUUGCGACGAGAUACAUGGCAUUGAGGAUGAGUGCAUACAUUACUACCCUGACGAUCUAGAGGAGGAAUGGGCUGCUGAUUGCUAUUAUUGCAAAUUGGAGGAUAUUGAAGACGAUGAAUCCCAGUCCGGAGGUGAGGAGGUUUUAUGUCAAGGGCCAGGACAAGAGCUAGACGAUGAUGAUAUUUUCUUUGAGCCGUGGGUAAGCGAUUAUACUCUCUUGUUUGAGUAG